AUCCACCACCAAAUGCAGACGAGCAGAGCAAACAGAGAUAAGAAAGGAGAGAGAGAAAAAAAACCCUGCACAGUGCCCCAUACCACUCACCGCUGACCUAAUUUGGAAGCCAUUUAUCUGUUAACAGGAAAUGUAACCACCCUAUCGCUUAUCAAAGCCCCGUGCUGUCCUGGCACUAUAAAUCCCCAGUAGCUUAAGCGUCUGGCUGCUCAUUUUGGUGCGGACGCAGGACCAGCUCUGUCGGGGAGAUGUGCACGGGAAAAUGUGCCAAGUGUAUCGGGGCUUCCUUGUACCCAUUGGCAUUCAGCUGCAUCGUGGCAAACCUCCUGUUGUUCUUCCCCAACUUUCAACUGGACUAUGUUCAGGACACCGACAAAUUGACGCCGGAGGUGUUGCUCUUUGGAGGGAUCUUCGGAGGCGGGAUCAUGAUUUUGUUUCCAGCGAUCCACAUCCAUGCCACAGGAAGCAGAGGUUGCUGUGCAAAUAGAUGUGGGAUGUUCCUCUCCAUUGCGUUUGCUGGCAUGGGAGUGCUGGGCUCUGCGUACUGCCUGGUCGUCUCUUCGCUGGGCAUGGUGAAUGGGCCAAUGUGUCGGACUGGAGUCACCAACUGGACACGGCCUUUCUACGUGGAAUCAGACGAGUUGGAGUUGACCGAUAAAAGUUAUCUCUUCCAAUCCGAGACCUGGGACAAGGUGUGUGAGGAGCCGAAAAACAUCAUCGUCUUCAACGUGGUCCUCUUCUCCUUACUGAUAGGAUGCAGCAGCAUUGAGCUGGUGCUGUGUCUGCUUCAGAUGAUCAACGGCCUCUUCGGCUGCAUCUGCGGAACGUGUGGGAAGAGGAGACCGGGUCCUGUGUGAAACGCAAUGAGCUGGGGAAGAUGUGUACUGAUCUAUUGAGGCCAGUCGUGCAAGGACUUCCCGCAAAAGAAAUAAUUCACCUUUGCCUUAGGCUCGGGUCCACCAGCUGACGAUUCUGCACCCCCACUCUUGACAAGAAGGGUCCCUCCUUUCCUGCGUUGAACAUACUCGUGUUUGCACAAGCCCUUUGGAAGUGUUUGUAUUUUUAAAGCAGUUCUUAAUAAAUCAAAGAU